AUGGCAGCCUUCCUGGGGGGGCCGGGCGAGGGCCCCCACUGCAGCCCCAGCCUGGGCUGGGCCGGCGAGGAGCCCGGCAGCGGCGGCAAGAACCGGCGCGUGUGCCACGCCGCGGCACGGCUGGAGAUGGGCGGCCUCUGGGAGGAGUUCAACCGCCUGGGCACCGAGAUGAUCGUCACCAAGGCGGGCAGGAGGAUGUUCCCCACUUUCCAGGUGAAGCUGUCGGGGCUGGACCCGUCGGCCGACUACGUCCUGCUCAUGGACUUCAUCCCCCUGGACGACAAGAGAUACAGGUACGCCUUCCACAGCUCCUCCUGGCUGGCAGCGGGCCGGGCUGACCCUGCAGCCCCCGGCCGCGUGCACUUCCACCCCGACUCGCCGGCCAAGGGCGCUCAGUGGAUGCGGCAAAUCGUCUCCUUCGACAAGCUCAAGCUCACCAACAACCUCCUGGAUGACAACGGCCACAUCAUCCUCAACUCCAUGCACCGCUACCAGCCCCGUUUCCACGUGGUGCUGGUGGACCCGCGCCGCGACAGCGAGCGCUUCGCUCACCAGAACUUCAAGUCCUUCAGCUUCCCCGAGACGCAGUUCAUGGCGGUCACAGCUUACCAGAACCACAGGAUCACCCAGCUGAAGAUCGCCAGCAACCCCUUCGCCAAGGGCUUUCGGGAUGGGGACCCCGAGCCGUGGUGUGGGGUGGCCGCAGGGUCCCUGCUGGGCGCGAUGCCCCGUGCCCGGGCCACGGCGCUGCCCUCCCGCCCCGAGAAGCAGGACAAAGGGGCUCCCCGCAGCCGUGGGGCACUGACCCCCGCCGUGCCCCCACCACCCACCCCGCCAGCGCCUCCCCCGGCUUUCCCCGAGCUGCCCGUGCCCCCCUUCCAGCCCCUCACCUGCCCCCCCGGCAUCUACGUGGGGGCCAAGCCCCCCACCCUGCCCUACCCCCUGCCCACCUUCCCCCCGCUCAGCCCCUACAGCUAUGGGCAGCAAUGA